GUCAAAGGAUAAACAAAAAUAGUGAAAAAGUGCCAUAAUCGCAUCAGGAAAAUUUUCAUUCUCCGUCGUAGGACGAUUAAAUUCGGGAUUGUGUUCGCUUCCGUGAGAAAAAGUGCGGUAUAUCAAGUGUCUAAAUAGUGGUGCGUGCAGGAAAUUAGAUGCAUUCGCAUUUCGCGAAUCGCAGUGGUGGGUGAAGGAAAAAUCAUUGUCCCACUUUGAAAAAGUCCUCUCUGGGUGGCCUGGGUAGGGGGUUUUUGGUUUUGUUGUGCAAUGGCAAGAGCAAAGGUUCCAGCCCGAAAAAUGAUCCGCCAGCGAUCUUCUUUGUCUGGUCCGGAUGUGAGUUUGUGGUUCGUGGUUAUAUGCGUCUUGUUGACGCUUUUGAAUAGUGGAUGUAACGGGGAAUCCACGGAUAUCGAGCUAGACGCCAAGGCCAACAAAAUCCAUCAGAUUGAUAGUCUGAACCUGCUGCUGUACACUUUUCUCCUGACCCUAACUGUAUUGACCAUUUGGCUGUUCAAACAUCGGCGUGUGUCCUGGCUUCACGAAACCGGCCUUGCUGUAAUUUAUGGUCUGAUCGUCGGAGCCAUUAUCCGUUAUGCCGGAACCACGACGCCCAUCAUCCACGUGUCGGUCGAACCGGAGGCGGAAGUCAAAUUUAACCAAAGCCUCCCACCGGAUAGCCUGUGGCUAACGUUCCCGGGCAAGUUAUCUCCGGUCUCGCCCAACCCGGUGCGAGAAAAUAAAACCUACUCGUACAGCUUCCGGGGAGAAGUUGCCAAGCUGGAAGAGAACGAAAUCGACCUGAAGGCCACUUUCGAUCCCGAAAUCUUCUUCAACAUCAUCCUGCCGCCGAUCAUUUUCCACGCAGGUUACUGUUUGAAGAGGAAAUAUUUUUUCCGUAACCUCGGAGCCAUUCUCACGUUUGCCAUCAUCGGUACGACCCUGUCGGCGUUCCUCAUUGGGGCCCUUAUGUACGGGUUCGUGCAACUGGUGCCCAAGCUAAGUGCCAGCUUCACAUUUUUGGAUACACUCUACUUUGGGGCGUUAAUCUCACCGACUGAUCCACUGACAAUAUUAGCAAUAUUUAGCGAUAUGCACGUCGACGUUAAUCUCUACGCGCUUGUCUUUGGCGAAAGUGUUCUCAACGAUGCGGUUUCACUGGUGCUGAGCGGUGCUAUUCAGAACUAUGGAGAACACUAUUCAAGCUCGGGAGAUUUCGAAGGACAUGCCUUCCUGAGAUCUUUGGGUGAUUUCUUUAGUGUAUUUUUCUUCUCGCUUAUAAUUGGAGCAUCGAUGGGAUGCAUCACUGCACUGAUGACCAAAUUCACGCAUAUUCGUGAUUUUCCUUUACUCGAAUCAGCCCUGUUUGUGCUGAUGUCAUACAGUACUUUUUUGAUAGCAGAAGCCGCUGAACUAACUGGAGUGGUGGCUGUACUGUUUUGUGGUAUUUGUCAGGCACAUUAUACCUACAACAACUUGUCGGACGAUUCGCGAACGCGUACGAAGCAAAUCUUUGAGCUGCUGAAUUUCCUUGCCGAGAACUUUAUUUUCUCGUACAUUGGCGUGUCCAUGUUCACCUUUCCGAAACAUCACUUCGAUCCGCUGUUCAUUUUCACUGGCUUCAUUUGCGCAGCCAUAGGACGGGCCGUUAACAUCUAUCCGUUAUCGGCAUUGCUCAACAUAGCUAGAAAACCAAAAAUUUCUUGGAACUUCCAACAUAUGCUGUUCUUUGCAGGUCUCAGAGGAGCAAUGUCAUUUGCUCUGGCAAUCAGAAACACGGUAUCGGAGGCGCGCCAGGCCAUGCUCACGACAACGUCACUGAUUGUCAUUGCCACCGUUAUCAUUCAGGGUGGAGCGGCAAACUUCUUGCUGAACUGGCUGAAUAUACCGGUUGGCGUCGACGACGAAACGGAGGCUCUUCCCUACCAAGGAGUACGAAGUGUUUACAAUUCCAUGGAGAAUACGACAGGGUCUGUCGAAGUCGGGUUGAAUCUUAGUCAACUUCAGGUUAAUCGGAGGACUAGUUCACUGGACUUAGAUCAUCAGGACAGCGAAGGUGCCAUCACUCCCGGAGGAUCCCGGAAAGGGAACGAAAAAGCCGUUCUGGCUCGAGUUUGGGGCAACUUCGAUACCAGGUACAUGAAGCCACUGUUGACCCACUCGAGACCCACCCUGCUGGAGACGCUUCCGGUUUGCCUGAGUCCGAUUGCGAGACUCCUAACGACUACCGAGCAGCUAACACAGGAUGGUCCCACCAGGCGAGAAGAUUCGGAUUCGGAUCUGUGCAUCGACGACGACGAUCGAACUUCGCGGGGCGACAGCAGCAUACGGCGCAAUUCGAUCAACCGUCCCAAAAUUAGAUUCAAUAAAGCUUGAGUUGCGAACAGUGCGCCGAAUCCGUUGUGUAGGCUAAACAAGCAAACUUAAGGUGUAAGGGCGAGUUAAAAUUUGGCGAAAACGUGCCCUAUUAUCGGUUAGCCUAGUGCCCCUUUUUGUGUUAGUAUUAUUUGUUAUCACGAAUAUGUAUAUAUCUAAUUUGUAUAUUUGAAAAUUCGUGGCUAUUUAUUUUUUAAGGUUUUAUUUUAAGUUGAGAGGCCAUUAAAUUUUAUUGAAGAUACUUAUGUCGGUGAUGUUUCUAAGAUUGAUGCAAGAACUGUUAAAUUAGUUUUUUGUGGAAAUAGUAUUUAAAAAAAAAUCAAUAUGCUGAACUAUUACUUGUGUGUGACAAUCAACUAAAGCAGAGGUCCGGUUAUUGGUUGACACAAAAUCGAAUAAAUUUAUGUUUAUAAUCUUUAAAAAAAAUUGUUAUCAACUUUUAUUCGUUGAAAAACUUGAAAAAUACCCUUUUAUUUAACAAUAUUUGAAUACCUACUAACAGUAUGACCCACAAAAAUGCGAAAAUCUGUCAUGAAGGUUCAAAAGUAAUAUGAAGAAAUGGUUAACAUGAUUACAAAACUUUUUUAUUCAUUCAGCAUGUAGAUAUAGUAUGUUUAUCUACAUAAUAAUUUGAUAUAUUCAUUUUCGUUCUCAACUACACUCUCCAGGUGUGAUCUGAAUCGGGAGCAUACCUUCGCAAUAUAAGCCUUUGACAUUGAAACUGUAAGACUGGCUGUUAGCCAACCUGUAGAAGUGCAGUAAACCACCCUUAUCAAUCCCGAGUGUCGGCACGCUUACCACUCUAGAUUAAGGUCGCCAGAUUGCCCGGAUUUACUCGGACUUGCCUGGAUAUUUGACACAAAAUUUGAGGAAAGUCCGGUUCGGCCCGGAUUUCACUGGAAAAAACCCGGAUUUUAACUGGGGCAAUUAUUCACUAUUUUUGUAAAAUGUAAUAAAAAACUCAAAUGAGUCAUUAUAAUUUUUCAUUUUUACGUCCAGAAAGGAUUUUCAAGUUUGAUGAAAAAAAAAUCCUAGUGUUUUCUUCUUGAUUUGUACUGAAAGUUUUUGUGUUUUUGAUCAAAUUUUUCCGGAUAUUUUAAUUGAACAUUUUGGAAUCAAAUGCCUGGAUUUGCCAGGUUUUUUGAUAAAACUGCCCGCAUUUGCCCGGUCCGGAUACGUCCGGAAAAAAAUCGGACAACUGCAAUCUAGAUACUACGUUUCAGGGAAGUUCGAGAAGGAUAGGGUAAAACUCCUAGACUUAGCAUGUUGAGAUUGGUUUAGUUUUCGCCCACCACUAUUUUAAGAACUAGCUAACCGGCGCUUUCGUGUCGUGGUUGUUUAAAAAUCAAACCAGAACAUCGGGGUCCUAUUAAUGUUCAGGAUUGGAAUUGGGAACGGUGGUUUGGGUCAACGAUAAAAUGGAGGAGAACUACCUGAGGCUCUCCAUCCAAGUAUUUGAACUUGAAUAAUGUUGGUGCACUAACGAUCUCGUAACACUAUAGGAAUUUCGGUUAGGACCAAUGAUUGAAAUUAUCACCCAUUUCCUUCUCAGAGGCAUUCAAAAAACACGCAGCGAGGCCUCACAUAGCAAGACAGGAGACGAUACACAUACAUUCUUUCAAAUCUUCCAUCAUGAGGAUCAUCUUCUCCGAAAGACACUAUCCGUUUACUCUUGCGAACAGACUCUUUCAACCAUGGUUGGUCGGCUCUUUCCAAACAACAAAGAGCCGGGAGAAAAUAACACUGUUUUCAGUUCGGUUUCCGAGUGUAAUCCUCUUUCGCUGAUCGUGCUUCACUCGUUAUCCGAGUUUACACUACACGAGCUGUAAGCGACUCGGACGGCAAGUGUGAGAGCCAGAGAUACCAAUGUGCCUGAUUUUUCAGGAUUUGCCUGAUUUUACGAGGCUCAGCCUGACAACCUGAGAAGCCAUUGAAUUUCCCUGAUUUUUGAAAAUAUGCCUGAUUCACCUGAUUUUUUUCGAAAGUUAUGAAAAUGGGUAGUAAGGAACUGGAUUAAGAACCAUUGCUAAAGUGAAAAAGUGAAAUUGUGGCUGAAUCAAAGCUAUCGAAAGAUUCCUUUUAAUUCUUAUUUGAAAAAGAAAAUUGAAGGGAAUCUUUCGAUUGCUUAGAUUCAGUAGAAUUAUUCAAUCGAGUAGGCUUACAAGCUGUCACAACACAUAUUAGAGUGAAAAUGUGGAGCGAUGACCAAACAAAAGGUCACAUCACUAGUGACAAGCCGAUCUGAGGAGUUUUGCUCUCAAUAUUUUGUUGCUACACGAUGCAUGAAGAGGACGUGACACACAUGCUCAGUUACGUUAUUGAAUUUGAAUGACUCAAACCGACAGCGGGUGUUGCGGAGAACAUCUCCAAGCUGGUAGCAAAGGAUGAGGGAACAACAACAACCGAACUAAUCGAAUUGCACAGACUCGCGCAACGUAAGGUGCAAAGAAAUCAGAAGAAAAAAAAAACAAAGAAACGUUUAGCCUGUCUGCGGUUACUUUGCAAUAAUACCAAUAGCUAAAUCUUCGGGCAUUCGAACCAGGGACAAACAAGGAGGCUAGGCGUAUGCUAUGCCUUUUGGAUUCGGUAGCCUCAAGCUAGGAACAGCAGAUGAGUGAGUGCCAUUUAAUCGUUCUUCGGAUCCGAUACCUCGAAUACAUGAAGACGGGCAAUGUUUAGGGGUUUUGCUUCGUGGGUUUUGUCGUUUUUGCUGCCUCAAAGCAACGUUUGCUUCCGAGUAGGAAAGCGUUGAACAAGGAAAGUUUCAUCAACCAGCACUCAUGCAAAACAACUACUGGUUAGGAUUCACAAUUUAAGUUUGUGAUUCAAUACGUUAAAAUUGCUUUCGAGUCGAGACACUUCCAAGUGAUCUGCUCGGCAACUGUUCAAAAAUGAGCAAUAAUUCCAUCCUUGACCGGACUUGAACUCCUCGCCGGAUUCGUUACCCUCGCCUCAGACCAAAGAUCCUUUGGCCAAAACUUCAUAUUCGCCUUCAGCCAGGUCCAAUCCAAGGCGAGAUAUGGUAUGGGCUUCAUCUUGUUGGAAAACAACAUUCUCGGGUUCACCGAAGUUUGCCCGAAUCCUCGCAUACACCUGAUUCUUCAAAAUGUCCAUGUAGACUUCAGUAUUAACUUUUACUUCAACUUUUAUGAAAACAGGAGACAUCUUCAAUCCAUUCGAAGUAAUCGCUCCAAGUACCAUGACUCCGGCGAGAUGCUUGGAUUUCACUUCUCUGUUCAAGAGAAUCCUUAGCCUUCAGGGGUAUAAUAUAUCGAUUCGUACGUGAAUUGGACACAGGACCAAUCGAAAAAAGUUUCUCUACUGAGAACACAACGAUCAGCUGCUUCUUCUUCAAAAAUCGCAUAGAGCGCUCAAGUCCCAGUGCUUUAACCAGGGGAAUGAGAUUAAGGGAGAAUAUACGUCAAUGAUCACACAAGUUGUGCAGCCAAUGAUUGAAAUUAAAGGGGUGUCCACGAUGAAAUUGCCACACACAAAAUUGAUUCGCAAAAUUCGAGUUUUCAUCCGAUUGCCAUCAAAUUUUCAGAGAUUAAAUAAUAACUAAUAAACUUCAUUUUACUAUUUUACUCGUAUUUUAUUUAUAGUCCAUACGCAAAUGUCCACACCUUGGCCUUAACCCCGGCCAUAAGAUUCUGCACAACCCGUGAAUCAAUCGUUUUUUGCAUGUAAACCCAUACUUUCUUCAGUUCCUCGACUGUCUGCACUACGUUAGGUCGUUUAAGAAGGUGCUGCUUCAUAAUCGCCCAGUACUUCUCGAUGGGGCGGAGCUUCGGGGUGUUGGGAGGGUUGAACAUUUUCGGCACGAAAUUGACCUUAUGGUCCGCACACCACUUCAGCACGUGCUUGGAGUAGUGGCAUGAGGCCAAAUCCGGCCAGAAGAUUGUUGGGACAUUGUGGACCUUCAGCAGCUCCGGAGGCGCGCUUUCAUGUACAGCUGUCCGUUCAUAGUGUCCUGGAUCAUGAAUGGUGCACUCCGCUUCCCGCACGUGCAGUUGGCUUGCCAAACCAGGAAUUUAUUCGCAAAUUUGGACAUUUUCUGAGUGCGGACAUGCUCCGGGACGCUGAAUUUAUCCUUGGCCGUGAAAAACAGGUUGCCGGGGAUCUGUUUGAAGUCGGCCUUCGCAUAAUGUUUCGUAGUCCAUGAUGCAGCAUUCAACUUUCGUAAGCGUGUUGAGGUACAACUUCCUGGCACGGGUUUUGGCGGACUUGUUCUGCUUCUCGUCGCGAUUAGAGGCCUUUUGUACCUUGAACGUUCGAAGCCCAGCCUUAGUUUUGGCCUUCUGGACAAAACUUCGGCUUUGGUGCAGCUUUUUAGCCACAUCCUGAACGGAGUCGUUCGGGUUUCGGUUGAAGGCCCCAACUACGCGGUUGUGAUUUUUGGUGUUGUACGGAAUACUUUUUCCUUCACUUCUGGGCUUCCGAUUGGUGGUCAAUCGUUCCUCGAACCGCUUAAUCACUCGCGACAGCGUGAAAUUCGCGAUUCCUAACGUUUUAGCGAUGGAACGAUGUGAGAGAUCCUUGUUCUCGUGAUGAAUGCGCAUGAUUUUAUCUCGUACGAGCUGUUCUUUCGACUCUAUUCCCGCGAGUUUUGAUUACUGGACUUAAAAACUUGCAGGAUGUAAACAAUGCACUAUGAACUAAAUCCACACAAAUUUUCAUUAAAUUCUAUCCAACGGUUAAAAAGUUAGAGCAAUUUCAUGGUAUGGCAAUUUCAUCAUGGACACCCUUCAUGGCAAUUUGUAGCAAUUGGUGAGGGAUAAUGAGAAGGUUUUAGUUAAAAUGAGAGAAAUCAGUGCUUAGAGAGAAAGAGAAAAUGUGCGAAUUGUUGCAAUUUGUGAAGCAGUUGUGGAUUUUUAAUUACCAUUCCAAAUGCAAAGAAUCCUCUCCCUAUUGCACACUCUCGAUGUUAAUUCGUUCUGUUAUCAAAUUGCCUUUGAUCAGUCAUCUUUGACCAAUCGUUGUGUGGAAAAAUUCGCUUCGUGGAGAUAUUCGCUUCCUUAGGCAGACUCUGGCUGGAUCUUACUGAAUUCCGCUUCACUUUCGUCUUGGCCAAUUUUAUCACCUUACCACUAACACCACCAGUGAUGUCAACCUUCCAGAUUUUGUCUGGAUCUUCCAGACUUUUUGGACUUUUGCCAGACAUUUUUUUAGGUUUCCAGACUUCCAGACUUUUGGCAUUUCUUCCAGACAAUUCCAGACUUUUGUGUUUGGACAUAAAUUGUUCUAAGAUUCUAUGAAAAUUCAAUUUCGUCAUGGUGUAAUAUGGCAGGAAACAGGGUGGCCACCCAUUCGGGAAAUGCGGGAAAAAGACGGGAUUUGGAAUCCACCGGGAAAAAUGCAGGAAAAAGCCGGAAAUUUCUCCCGAAAAGUCGGGAAUUUUUGGCUCGGUGAAAGUCUGUUCAAUGAAGUUUGAACGAAAAAGGCGAAACAAGUAAAAAUUGAUUCACAGUUGAUCAUCAAUCUCUUUCCGAUUGGAUUCGACCGAUUUCUACCAGGUCGAAAUGGAUCCUCCUACCGUGUUGGAUCGGUUUUGACUAGUUUUAACUUGCUUCAUUGAACAACGGGAAUAACCGUAACGAAAUCGUUAAUCCAGUAUGCUCGUUAUACUCACUCGAGAGAUGUCGAGUCCUAUUAAAACAAAAAAAAAGGAAAACAAUCUGUUAUAGAAACUAUUGCAAAUCGGAAGCGAAAGGCGGCCGAGGAGGCGAAACAAUUGAAGCUUCUAUCCGACGCUCAUAGAGAGGAAGCAUGAUGGACGAAAAAAUUUGUACUCGGCCAACGGCCAAAUACCGAAUAUUGACCUUUUAAACUAAUCGGCCAAACGAAUAUUCGGUCGAAUACUCCAGAGAGUUUUUAAUUAUAAAACCAAGAGCGAUUAUUUCAUUUUCCUUAUAUUUGUUCCAUUUUAAUACCCCUCAUGUUUUGAAUCGAUCAUUUCCAAUCAGAUGAUAUUACUAUAUGAUGUAUUACGAGGUCUUUUUCAGGUAGGGGUUUCUCUGAUAUUCAAAAUGUCUCAAAGAAUUGAAAGGACAUCAGAUGACUUGUCGCUGCUAGGGCGUUGGUUACCAAAGAUAUUUGGAUCCUGUGAAAUCUGGAACAAAACAUGUCAAAGCAGGUGCUAAGCAAUUUGAAAUUGCUUAAUUGAUAUUGAAUUAUAUGAAGGUCGAAUUUGAGCAGAAUAUCUUCAAAAUAGUAGUUUCAAAGAACGAUGAUUUUUAACUUAAAAAUACCAUACUUUCCAUCACACGUUUCUACAUGGUCGGGCAAUUCAGGACGAUUUUUGAAAAAAAUACAAAAACAAAGGCAAAUCUUAGAAAUCUAGGUCUAGGUAGGUGGUUUCAAAAAUAAAUAUUCGCAUUUUUGUUUUGUUUCCUGUUUUACAAAAUCGGGAAUUUCAUGUUAACAUGCGGGAAAAAGUCGGGAAAAAUGCGGAAAAUCCAAAAUAGAUUUCGAGUGGUCACCCUGAGGAAAUGAUUAGUAGAACCUAUGAACUAUGAAUUCAAUAAGGGUUUGAAACCUUGGCAAAUGCUUUGAGGAUGUAUGUUAAAUUGAGACUCAGACAGAGCACGUGACUGAUAUAGUGACAGAAAAAUACUAUUGUAACAUUGAGAUCUGGGGACCAAAAAAAAAAGGUCGUCACCUUCAAAACUUAGGUGUCCAGAAAUUUGCAGAAAUUUCCAGACAUUUUUUAAAAAUCUUCCAGACUUUUCUGAAAAAUAGUUGGCAACCCUGAACACCACUACCAAGCUCUCGUGGACAUGAUCUAUCCAGGAGAGAACGUUUCACGUGGUAAACAGUCGUCAAAUGGCAUCCUAAAGCCGCCGCCCGCCGCAAUUUGCUUGGGAGAUAGCGAGAGACAAACUGGUCACUAUCUUCUUUGUGUACAUCUUGCCUUUAUAAUGUAGUGUAGACCUAGGUCAGGAAAAUACAAAUUUAGCUGCAGCAUUUUUUUACUUUUCGGCAAAAAAAUGAGCACUUUUUGAAAAGAUUUGUAAUCGUUUAUGACAAAAAUUCGUGCCGGAACCAAACAAAAUCCACAAAGCUGUUGUUUCAUAACUGAGGCAUGCACAGUUUGGUGAAACUUUCAAACUUAUCCAAUGCAAAAAUCUCUCAACCAAUUAAAAAAAAAUUAAAAAUGGUCAUACUAAGGGCUGUCCCAACGGUAGAUGCAAAACACGGUUUUCGACCACGCUAAAACAUUUCGGCUGGCACCGGUGGCGUAAAUUGCUGUUUUAGCACAGUUAUCGAUUUCAAAAUUCCCAACAGUUAUACGCCUUUGUUCCAAAUUCAUGCAAAUUUGGAACAGGAUUUCAAAAUAUACGACAGACCGAUUUAAUUCACGGUGAGAAAAUUUUAGCGAACAAUGAUUUCUUUCACACAUGUUUGGGUAACAUUGGGUGUGAUAGUUUCUAUAAUAGUUUCUUUUUGAGAUAUUAUUUGAAUGUUUUUUUUUCACUUCAACCACCCUAUACGUAACACAAAUUGAGAAUAGAUGUUAAUAAAAACCAUAUCAAGUAUAAAUAAUAGAUGUCACAUUAUUCUCGAUUUUAUAAAUAAAUAAGAAACUUUUCAUUAGGGCUCGACGAAUUAGUUAAUCCAGUCAGCGUUCUAAAAUUUGAAAAAAAUAAACGAAAAGAAAACAUUAAUACUUUUUCGAUGAGGUAAAAUAAAUGUUUAUUGUUAUUGUUAAUAUUGAGAGAUUUUUAGUUUCGUAUGGAUUGCUCGGAGUUUUCGUCAAUAUCAGCAUAUUUUUCUGUAUCCAUACAUAAAUUUGCAAAUAGUGAAACAAGUUUUUGUCAAACAAAAAUGUCGGCAAAUCAAGGGAAAAUUUCCUUUGACUUUGGGAUAAACAUUUCUCGUUUCCUUAUCAAUGUCAGCAAUAACUUGAAAAAAAAUGCUCUUUCAUUUCAUUUUAACAAAACUUUAUUCCAUUGAUUCAAAGCAAUUUGAUUGAAUUAAUUGAAGAAUUGUUUCAAUUGACCUUUUUCCCUCGUUGUGUAGUCAUUUUUGCUUUUAAAUUAAUGAAAUCCUGGUAGAAUAGUUGAAAUCAUUGUUCUGUCAAAAAGAAUAUUCGUAGAAUUAAUUUUAAGACAAUUAACCGUGAAACUCAAAACUUAUGCAAUUUUUCUAAUAAAAUGGUUUUUUUUUUCUCAAUUAUUGAGUGUCUGCAAUGAAAGUGUUUCCGUUUCAAAUUUGCUCCUACACCGGUGGGGAGUGGGUGUUUUAGCCGAUUCUAAAAUUUCAAAUUUUGCUAAAACUGGUAUACUUAAAACCAAUAUUUACGCCUGAACCGUUGCAGGUGCUCUAAGGGCUGUCCCAACGGUAGAUGCAAAACACGGUUUUCGACCACGCUAAAACAUUUCGGCUGGCACCGGUGGCGUAUAUUGCUGUUUUAGCACAGUUAUCGAUUUCAAAAUUCCCAACAGUUAUACGCCUUUGUUCCAAAUUCAUGCAAAUUUGGAACAGGAUUUCAAAAUAUACGACAGACCGAUUUAGUUCACGGUGAGAAAAUUUUAGCCAACAAUGAUUUCUUUCACACAUGUUUGGGUAACAUUGGGUGUGAUAAUAGUUUCUUUUUGAGAUAUUAUUUGAAUGUUUUGAAUUUGUUCGCUUCAACCAUCCUAUACGUAACAUAAAUUGAGAAUAGAUGUUAAUAAAAACCAUAUCAAGUAUAAAUAAUAGAUGUCACAUUAUUCUCGAUUUAAUAUAAUUGAAUAAAAAGCUUUUCAUUUGGGUCGACGAAUUAGUGAAUCCAGUCAGCGUUCUAAAAUUUGAAAAAAAUAAACGAAAAGAAAAUUUUAAUACUUUUUGGAUGAGGUAAAAUAAAUGUUUAUUGUUUGUUCUAUAAUUUUUGUUUUAUUUGAGAUAUUGAGAGAUUUUUAGUUUCGUAUGGAUUGCUCGGAGUUUUCGUCAAUAUUAGCAUAUUUUUCUGUAUCCAUACAUAAAUUUACAAAUUUACAAAUUUCCUUUGACUUUGGGAUGAACAUUUCUCGUUUCCUUUAUCAAUGUCAGCAAUUACUUGAAAAAAAAAUUGCUUUUUCAUUUCAUUUCAACAAAACUUUAUUCCAUUGAUUCAAAGCAAUUUGAUUGAAUUAAUUGAAGAAUUGUUUCAAUUGACCUUUUUUCCUCGUUGUGUAGUCAUUUUUGCUUUUAAAUUAAUGAAAUCCUGGUAGAAUAGUUGAAAUCAUUGUUCUGUCAAAAAGAAUAUUCGUAGAAUUCAUUUUAAGACAACUAACCGUGAAACUCAAAACUUAUGCAAUUUUUCCAAUAAAAUGGGGUUUUUCUUCUCAAUGAUUGAGUGUCUGCAAUGAAAGUGUUUCCGUUUUAAAUUUGCUCCUACACCGGUGGGGAGUGGGUGUUUUAGCCGAUUCUAAAAUUUCAAAUUUUGCUUAAACUGGUAUACUUAAAACCAAUAUUUACGCCUGAACCGUUGCAGGUGCUCUAAUGAAACAAAUGAUUGAAUCAGAUCAACUUGACAUUUGAGUGCCUUUUUUGUUUUUUUUUCUUCUGUUUUCCACCCCUGGGUGUAGACUGUUAUACUGCAUUGUUUUAUGUUUACGUCAAUUGACAGAUGAAGCUAAUGCAUUCUCAAAAAAAAAUCCUUAAAAAUCUUAAAAAAAAAAUCUAAAACAGACUCCUGAUAAUUUUCGCAUUUUAUUUAUAGGUCAUACUGUAAGUACAGGUGUAUGUUCUGCUUUUACAGAAUUUAAUCAAAUCAUUAGUCACUUGAUUUAAAAUCCAAACAUAGUUUUUUCCGGCAUAUAUCUGUGGUAUAAUAUGGUUCUAUUGCAAACAUUUGAGAAAAAAAAACAGAAUAAAUUUCAAGGGACUUUAAGCUCUUUCAUUGUCGACAUAAGUAUCAGAAAUUGUGUGCCAACUUGAAUCAAAAAUCGGAAGCAACGACAAGAACGGAAAAAAAUCUAGAAACCGGCCAUUUAAUUUUAGUUCCAUAAUUAGAUGUUACGUUAUUAGCGAAAUCAAAUAAAAAUCACAGUCAAUAUUGUAGGUAGUUUUAUAUUUUGCUUUAAACCUCGUUUACAAAAAAAAGCUAUCAAAAUAGCAAAGUUCUGAGAACGGCAAUUAGAAUACGUUAUAACGGAUAUUUGGUGGGAUAGUCUGUGAUUAUAUCAUUCAAUAUAAACAUAUUUUUAAUUUAUUUUAACCGUACUUAAGCGUUAAGUUUCACCGUAUCUCCAAAUUAUUAUCUAAGUGAAUAGAUUUUUCUUUGGGUUUUGCUAUUGGAUAGCACGACAAUCGUGCACUCAACCUUCUAGAUUGUAUAACCUCAGAGAGGCUAGGUUUAGUAAUGGGAAUAAAAAUAUAAUAUAUUGUUCUUGAUCAUUGUGAAACUUUUUAUUUUGAAGAAUUCUGUUUUACGUAAGCGAGCAAACUAUAUUGAUGAUUGUAAUGUAAAUUUUUGAUGAAAAUAUUGGCUCACAAUGUUAAACUAAAAGCAGUUAUUUGUGCGAGUUACUCAUAGUCCUUAGUUCAAAACAGUGAUGCAAGAUUGAAAAAAAAAACGUUUGCCACAAAUACAAUGUCCUAUCUGAAACGUUCUGUUCUGUUCUUAUUUUCCCGACAUUUUUUCUCUUCCUCAAAAUUGCUCACUCGAUUGGUACCAAAAAAAAACAAAACGCGAUAUCCGAAAUGCCAUCCGUCCCUGUCC